GAGAAACUCGCUGGAGCUGAUCUCGUCUCUUGAGUCACAGAACCCAAGUGAUUUUUCCUCCUCAGACGUAAAGUUUGACAUUUUUUUGAGCAUGGAGCGUCACUGAAACUCAACUUUAUCAGGUCGUCUGAGGAUCCUCUUCUGUCUUGGACACGAUGAGUUGGGGGGCUUUGUACGCCCAGCUGGGCGGCGUCAACAAACACUCCACCAGUCUUGGCAAGAUCUGGCUCUCUGUGCUCUUCAUCUUCCGCAUCACCAUCCUGGUCCUGGCGGCAGAGAGCGUUUGGGGCGAUGAGCAGUCCGACUUCACCUGCAACACCCAGCAACCUGGCUGCAAGAAUGUCUGCUACGACUACUUCUUCCCUGUGUCCCACAUACGCCUGUGGUGCCUGCAGCUCAUCUUCGUAUCCACCCCUGCCCUGCUGGUGGCCAUGCACGUGGCCUACAGGAAGCGGGGCGACAAGAGGUCCAUGCUGGCGUCCAACGGCACUGACAAGAACACUGACUUGGAGACGCUAAAGAAGAGGCGCCUGCCCAUCACUGGGCCGCUGUGGUGGACCUACACCUGCAGCUUGUUUUUCAGACUCAUAUUUGAGGGCGGCUUCAUGUACGCGCUCUACUUUGUCUACGAUGGCUUCCAGAUGCCACGGCUGGUCAAGUGCGAGCAGUGGCCGUGCCCCAACAAAGUGGACUGCUUCAUCUCCAGGCCUACAGAGAAGACAGUGUUCACCAUCUUCAUGGUGUCCUCGUCCGCCAUCUGCAUGAUCCUGAACGUGGCAGAGCUGGGAUAUCUGGUGGCGAAGGCUCUCAUGAGGUGUUCGUCCAGGAGCAACAGGAGGACGCCAUCUUACGCACACAGGGACUCCCAGGACCACGCUGUCCUGCAGAACCAGAAGAACGAAAUGUUGCUGUCUUCGAAAGAAACAACCAGCAAUAAAACUCUUUACACUCCAGCGGAUACUGGACCGAAGCGGCCUCUACGGACGUCGACCAAGGAAGACUCCUCUGCUUCAACCAAAGCAUGUAAAAGCUCCUCUGACCUUUGCAAAGACACACGUAAAGACAGAUCGAAGCUUCUGGUCAUCUGUUCUGUGGUCAGACCGCUCAUCUGGAGAAAGAAGGGUGAUGCCUUUAAACCAAAGAACACACUCCCUACUGUUAAACAGGGAGGUGGAAGCAUCAUGCCAUGGGGCUUUUCUGCCAAUGGAUCUGGCAGCUUGGUCAAAGUAGGAGGAAUCAUGAGGAAAGAGCAGCACAUCAAGAUUCUUCAAGAAAAGCUCAAGAAGGCAGCAGCGAACCUGGACCUGGGGGAGCUUUGGACCUCUCAGCAGGACAAUGAUCCAAAGCAUACGGCCAAGGUGGUGAAGAAAUGGUUCCUGGACAGUGAUAUUAAUGUUGUGAAGUGGCCAAGUCAAAGUCCUGAUUUAAACCCCAUCGAGGACCUUUGGAUGGAGCUCAAGAAACGGGUGGCAGCACGGACACCCUCAAAGAUCUGGAUCAAAGAUGUUAAAUCCGGCAGCAUGGGCGACUGGAGCUUUCUAGGGCGGCUGCUGGAGAACGCUCAGGAGCACUCGACCGUCAUCGGCAAAGUCUGGCUGACCGUGUUGUUCAUCUUCAGGAUCCUGGUGCUGGGGGCUGCCGCUGAGGAGGUGUGGGGGGACGAGCAGUCGGACUUCACCUGUAACACCCAGCAGCCUGGUUGCGAGAACGUCUGCUACGACGAGGCCUUCCCCAUCUCGCACAUCCGCUUCUGGGUGCUGCAGAUCAUCUUCGUGUCCACGCCCACCCUCAUCUACCUGGGCCACGUGCUGCACAUCGUCCGCAUGGAGGAGAAGCGGAAAGAGAAAGAGGAGGAGAUGCGCAAGGCCAACAGGUUCCAGGAGGAGAAAGACCUGCACUAUAGAAACGGCGGUGACGCCGGCUGUAAGAAGGACAAGCCACCGAUCCGGGAUGAGCACGGGAAAAUCCGCAUCCGAGGCACCUUGCUGCGCACCUAUGUCUUCAACAUUAUUUUCAAGACCCUUUUUGAGGUGGGAUUCAUCGUGGCCCAGUACUUUCUUUACGGCUUCCGGCUCAGGCCUCUGUACAAGUGCUCCCGCUGGCCCUGCCCCAACACGGUGGACUGCUUCAUCUCCAGGCCCACUGAAAAGACUAUCUUUAUUAUAUUUAUGCUUGUGGUGGCUUGCGUUUCUCUUUUGCUGAAUUUGUUAGAGAUCUAUCAUCUGGGAUGGAAGAAGCUCAAACAGGGCGUGACGAACGAGUUCAGCCCCGAGCGCGAGUCCUUGCACCAAGUCGACAUCGCUGAGCCCGAGUGUUUGGCCUCCAGAACAGCUCUGUCCAGCCUCAGCUACCCUUCCAACUACACCGAUGUGACGGCGGGCAGCGGGGCCUUCCUGAGGCCCUUGGGCCCGGCACCGGUACCUGCUGCAGCGGAGUUUAACCUGCAGCCAGAGCCGCCUCGCACCUCCCCCUACUACAUUAGCAACAACAACAGGUUGGCCACGCAGCAGAACUGGGCCAACCUGGCCACCGAGCAGCAGACUCGGGAGAUGAAGACCACCUCGCCCUCCCCCUCGUCGUCCUCCAACACUGACAACGAGCAGCAGACGCUGAAAGCUGGUGAUGCCGCUGCGGCUCUCCCGGCUACCCCGGGCCGCCCCCCCUCCGUGGCGGGCGAGCCAAUAAACGCUCACAUGACCACCACCACAGCGCAGAUGCACAACCCUCCCGCGUCAAGCACGGACCCUGGCCGGCUCAGUCGGGCCAGCAAAAGCAGCAGCGUCCGGACCCGGUCCAAUGACCUGGCGGUCUGAAGCGCUCCCUGCGACGGAAGGCGGAAGUCUCAGACUCCCUCAUCAGCAGCAGCAGUUGUUGAUUUAGUGCAAUCGGUGAGUUGUGGACUAGUGGAGACACGGUGUGUGUGUUUUUGAUGGUCUUAAAUAUGUGAUCAUGCAGUGCUGUGAAGUGGAAGGAGCAAAGGACAAUGUGUCAGUAUUAUUAUUUUUUUUCUUUGCAUCAUCACGGACAUCUUCCUGACCUGUUUGGUUUGGUGAGAAAAUGCAUUUUGUUUUUUUAUUUAACAGGAACAAAAACACCAUCAGCUGCUACUGUUGGAGAGAUCUGCCCACAUUGACCUGUGACCCGACGCUGGGCUUCCACAUGUUAGGGAGAUGUUUCAUGUUCUAUGUGUUGCAUUGCUACCACUCAUCGGUUCGCUGAUCUGGGAACAGAGUUUUGGAACACAAGCUUGAGUUGAUCAUAGCAGCAUUCAGCCAGUAACUCUCCAGCAUCAGUUGCAGUCUUCACCCACAAUGUUUAUGGAUCGUUCAUUCAUCCUUCAUUUUGAGCCCAGCACCAACGUUCUUUGUUACACCGUGUGGUUCCUUCACACUUACGUGACCCGUCAUGUCUGUCAUACGCCCCUCUGGAUAAGUUAUAUGUUCAGUGAAGGUUCAAGACAUUUUUAGGAGGGUGGACAUUGUCACAAUUCUAAGUAUAAAGAUUGACAGGCAAACAUGUUUUGAAAAAAAAUAAAAGCUGUUUUAAGUUUACAUUUAGUUUUGAUAUCGAUUUGCACACUGAGUAAAAGUACUCUGCUCAACAUUAGAACUUAAGAGGAGGAGAGAAAGUGCCGCUUUUCUUCUCAAACCAACUCGUCUUAAAACCUCAGCCUCUUACAUGGCGGCCAGCGAUGGCGCAGGAUGUUGGAGAGCUGGAGUUCACGCGCGCGCCGCUCCACUAUCUCGCCUCAUGCAGAGCAUGUGUGGCAACCUGAAUAAUCCAAACUGAUUCAACUCUUUUCUUUUGAUUCAUUUGUAUUUUUUAUGUUGCCAUAUCUUAAGUACUGUGUUAAAAAUAAUACAAAUAUGCUAUUUUGUUUUGAAGAUUAUUGCUAAUUCAUAAUUUAUACGUUUCUGUUUUGUCCACUUGGAUGACGUCAUCUAGGUGCGUUAAAACGUGUGUGCAACCGGGUGUCUGGAUACAUGUUGUUGAACCUGUUCCAUCCUGUCCAACUUCAGAAAGAAAAAAAAACAGGACAAAUAAAGUUGCCAA